AUGGAUCCCCAGCCUGUAUCCACCGAGGAUGGCUCGCAAGCCAGCCAAAUGCGUCAACCAAAGAAAAGAUUCGUUGGCCGAAGAACGGCAGAUGCACAAGCCCAGAAGGAUUCGACCGGACAGAAAGACGUAGAGUCCACCGCGGUUCAAACAGCCGCGCCCCGGAGAACCCCUCGCACCCUCAACCAAGUCCCACCAGAGAUCCUGAACGAUCCCGAAAUCAAAGAAGCCAUUGAGCUCCUUCCCAGCAACUACUCAUUCGAGAUCCCGAAGACCAUCCACCGAGUUCGCACAUCAGGAGCUAAGCGUGUAGCCCUUCAAUUCCCCGAGGGUCUCCUCAUCUUCGCCACCACCAUAUCAGACAUCCUCACACAAUUUUGUCCGGGUAUCGAAACCCUUAUCAUGGGCGAUGUCACCUACGGCGCAUGCUGUAUCGACGACUACACAGCCCGUGCCCUAGGCUGCGAUCUCCUAGUCCACUACGCACACAGCUGCCUGAUCCCCGUUGACGUAACGAAGAUCAAAACACUAUACAUCUUCGUCGACAUAAGCAUCGACACAACGCACCUCCUUGCAACACUAGAGCGAAACUUCAAACCAGGCCAAUCAAUCGCAACAGUCGGCACAAUCCAAUUCAAUGCUACUCUGCAUGGCCUGAAACCCGUUCUCGAACGCGCAGGCUUCCGCGUCAUCAUCCCCCAGAUCACCCCGCUCUCCAAAGGCGAGAUCUUGGGCUGCACUUCGCCUCAGCUGUCGGAUACCGAAAUCGACGCAAUCCUCUACCUCGGUGACGGUCGUUUCCACCUCGAGUCUGCUAUGAUUCACAAUCCUUCUAUCCCGGCUUAUAGGUAUGAUCCAUACUCGCGCACACUCACACGCGAAAGCUACGAACACGAGGAAAUGCACACGAUUCGCCGGGACGCUAUCGCUACUGCCAAGUCGGCGCGGAAGUGGGGUAUUAUUCUUGGAUCACUGGGUCGACAGGGUAAUCCGCAUACGAUGGCAAUGAUCGAGAAACACCUGCGUGAGCGUGGGAUUCCGGUUGUCAACUUGCUUCUUAGUGAGAUUUUCCCAGGGAAGCUUGCUUCCAUGGCGGAUGUGGAGUGCUGGGUGCAGAUUGCUUGUCCGCGACUGAGUAUUGAUUGGGGGUAUGCGUUUUCUCGGCCUUUGCUGACACCUUAUGAGGCGCUGGUUGCGCUGGGUGUGAAGGAGAAUUGGGAUACGGGGAACAAAGGUGUUUAUCCGAUGGAUUUCUAUGCCAAGGAAGGACUUGGUCGGACAAAGCCACAGACUGCAUAG